UUUCUAUGGGUGCAUGUGUGUGUGUGAGUGAGCGUGAGUGUGUGUGUGUGCGCUGAACACUUUACUAGAGCGGCGCGGCGGACACACCUCAAGCCCCGAGAAGUGAUCCGGAGAGCAGCGCUGACAUUUUCUCCUCUUUUUUUUUUGUUAAAUAUUGUUAUAAGUUCAGUUGGAGAAGUCGCGUCGGGCUCGACUUUGAGAUCCGUGUGACCCUGGUCUGUCGCUGUCACCAGGGAGGAGUGUCAUGGCGGAGCCCGACUACCUGGAGGGAGACUGUGAUGAGCUCAUCAAACCCAAGAAGCUGAUCAACCCGGUCAAGAACUCUCGGAACCACCAGGACCUGCACCGAGAGCUGCUCAUGAACCAGAAGAGGGGCCUGGCACCUCAGAACAAACCAGAGCUCCAGAAGGUUCUGGAGAAGAGAAAGAGGGAGCAAGUGCUCAAGGCUCAGAAGGAGGAGCAGGAGGCCCAUAAGAAGAGGAGCGACCUGGAGAUCGAGCUCAUGAAAAGGCAACAGAAACUAGAGCAGCUGGAGCUGGAGCAACAGAAAAUCGACGAGGAGCAGGAGAACACCCCCGAGUUUGUGAAGAUGAAGAGCAACCUGCGCAGGACCAAGCAGGAGACCGACGGCGAGGAACGAACCACCUAGAAAAAUAAAAUUUACAAAAAAACAGCAGGGGUAGUCUGGGUCUGGCUGAUUGUGCGCAUGUUUUGUGGUGCACAGAGUCGUCAGGAGCGUGUGUGGUGGUGUUGGUGGUGGUGGCCCCCCGACCGUGGUCUCGAGAUGAACUUUCCCAACCUAGCUGUUCCUUUCCCCGCAGUGAGGAGAGAGACUUUACAGACUAAAGACACCCCCUCCCCCACCUCCUCUGUCUGCCUGCCACGGAAACUGCCAGUACUCACCUCUGCUCCUCACAGCCAUCCAGCAGCAGCAUACAGCUACCACCCCCCCUGCAGGAGGGACCGAACACAGACAUGUUACACGCCUUUCAACAGAGGGCGAGCGAGCUUCCAAUGAGCUCUGAUGGAGAAACACACACACACACACACACACACACAAACACACACACAGACACACAGGAGUUUUCAUCCUCUCUGUUUUCACUCCUCUCUCCACAGCGAGCGGUCGUUUCUCUUUACUGUUAUCGAUGUUGUCGUUGUUGUUGUUUGUUUUUUUUUUAUUUUACUUUUGUUCUCAUCUUCAGAAUCAAAAAAAAAAAAUAAGGAAAAGUGGACACUGGAUGGACUCUUGAAGCUGUGUAAUGUAAAAGCCAAACAAAUGUGCUUUUUUUGUUAUUUAUGUUUGUAGCUUUUAGCCCGGGUAUAGGGGAAAGGACACUUUUUAGUCGUUUCUGUAUUUUAGUUUUGUUUUACAGCAUAGUUUUAUCGAAGCCAGAACGGGACAAAGGGAGUGUACGGUCAUGUGGAAAAAAACACUCAAGUUUGCUUUAUUAUUAAUAUUAUUUUUUAAAUUCCAGACAUGCCAUUUCCUCAGCUAAUGCAAUUUUUGAGCAAUAGUAGAACUCCCAGGCAUGAGAGUGACCUUUUUUCUUUAUAUAUUCUGUUGUUUUGUAUGAAUAAAAGUGUUACUUAAUAAAUAAUUUAAGGUUUCCUUAGGUGGGUUAAUGAGAACGAGCCUUUGAGCCCCGUCUGAAUCUGUCUUUGUGUGCUUUUGUGAACAAAGCGUUGCCAGAGCGUGCCCACAUUCAGGCCGACUCUCAUGAAAGAUAUAAUUGACUAAUGGAUCUCGGGAUGUCUGCGUGGCUCCUGAAACAACUGUGAUGAGUCCUGGAACUUUACAACUACAGUGUUUUCUCCAUUUACAGUGGAGCCGUAGAUGUGCAUACGGAUCGUGAUCAUUAAAUCUGAAUUAAAGCGGCAAUCUCUGGGCCGUACCCAAAUUCCAAACAGGUCACUCGAAGUGAGAAAGUGUGAUAACUAUGGAUGUUAAAAUGCACAUGUGGUGGUUAUUCAAGUAUCACACAGUAAUAUGAUGGGUCUGAAAAUUCUGGUUGGUGGGUCUCCAAGAGAUGAAAACUAUUAUUUUAAAGGGAAGAAGCAGAUUUCUAACAGCAUAACCCUGUAUUCUUCUCCAGAAUCUUCUUUUAAAUAAACUUAAUUUUAACACGUUC